GGUACCUCCCCUCUCCAAAGCAGAUAGAUUGCCAGGCUGGAUGUCGGAUCACCACGGCUACACUACCGCAACAGGUAAAUGAACAGAAAUCAUUCAGAUGUCAAACAGGACAGGACUAAAUGUUACACAUGCUGCCCACUGUCGCUGCUGACCUUGUGUUUUUUACCUUUUCCUGGAAGAUGUCUGAGAGCUAGCCAGCUGAGUAGAGGACUUCCCUCUCUGCCCGUGCUCUCCACCUGCAGCCAUGAAUGGUGGAGCGAGUGUGUGGGCCAUCACUCCAGAGGAGAGGGGGAAACACGACAAACAGUUUGACACGCUCGCCCCCGUCCUCAGCUAUGUCUCAGGAGAACAAGCAAGAAAAUUCUUCCUCCAAUCUGGCCUGCCUCCUUCUGUCCUGGCUGAGAUCUGGAACCUAGCUGACAUGGACAGCGAUGGGAAGAUGGACAGACUAGAAUUCUCCAUAGCUAUGAAGCUCAUUAAACUCAAGCUUCAGGGGCGGAAUUUGCCCUCUACCUUGCCACUUAUCAUGAAGCAGCCUCCUGUCUCCAAUUCAGCCUCAAUCGUCCCUUCAUCAGCACGUUUUGGAAUGGGUUCUAUGCCAAACCUGUCAGUUGGUCUGUCAUCCAUGUCAGCUAUGUCAACCAUGCCCAUCCUAACACCCAUCCCGGCUAACCCUCCCAUGCCCUCUGUGCAACCCCUGAUGCCGACGCCAAUGACUCUGCCCCUCAUCACCUCUCUAGGGAACCCUGGACUCCCCAAUGGCAAUGUCAACCUCCUCACCCCACCUCUUGUUCCCAACAAUGCAGCGCUCCCUCUCUCUGGCUUCUCUUCACCUAUGGCGUUCUCUCCAACCACUGGCAUGUCAAAAGCCAACUCUCUCCUGGAUCUUGGAUCCAGCAGUUCAAAUUCUUCCUCCACCACAUCGUUGGCCAGUAACUCUCCCAAGACUGGUGCAAGCGACUGGGCUGUUCCACAGGCCUCCAGACUGAAGUACCGUCAGCAGUUCAACACGCUAGACAAGCUCAUGAGUGGCUACUUGUCAGGACCUCAGGUUAGAAAUGCGCUGAUGGCAUCAAACCUAACCCAGACUCAGCUAGCUACCAUCUGGACGCUGGCGGAUGUGGAUAAGGACGGUCAGCUACGAGCUGAUGAGUUCAUUCUGGCAAUGCACCUGGUGGACAUGGCUAAAACUGGCCGACCGCUACCACUCACACUGCCUCAAGACCUGGUGCCUCCCUCUCUAAGGGGAGGAAUCAAGUCCAGUGAGCUUGUUAAUGGAACGGGGCCCUACAUAACUCCCUGUUUAAUAGACACAACUGAGACGGAACCUGCACAAAAGACCAAGAGCAGUGUGUCCUUUGAGGACAAGCUGAAGGAGAACUUUGCGCGAGGCAGCGCCGAGCUGGAGAAACGACGACUGGCCCUGGAGGAGGAGCAGAGGAAAGAGAGGGAGAGGAGGGAGAGGGAGGAGAGGGAGGCCCAGGAGCGGAGGGAGAGGGAGGCCAGGGAGCUGGAGAACCGGAGGAGGCUGGAGGAGGAGAGGCGGUUGGAGAGGCAGAGAGAGAUGGAGAGGCAGAGGGAGGAGGAGAGGCUGAGGGAGCUGGAGAGGAAGGAGGCGGCGAAGCAGGAGAUGGAGCGCCAGCGGAGGGAGGAGUGGGAGCGAGGGAAGAGGGAGGAGCUGGGCAGGAGGAGAGAGGGGGAGCAGGAAGAAAUUUCUCAACUCAGGGCCAAAAAGAAAAGUCUAGAGUUGGAGCUGGAGGCUGUGGGCAACAAGCACAAGCAGAUCUCAGACCGUCUCCGUGACGCUCAGAGCAAGAGGCGGAUUCAGAAGGCGGAGGUGGACCUGGUCAAUCAGAAGAGGGACGCACGCAUCGCAGAGAUCAACACGCUGCAGCUUCAGUUUGAGGACUGGCAGAGGAAGCUCUCACAGCUGGUCCCAGAACAACAGAGACUGACCGAGAAGCUACGAAACAUCAACCUCAACAAGCUCUCGUCGGUGACUUUGACCACCCUGACCGCGAGCGUGACGGAGAAAGGCGUGAACUGCCGGAGGCUGAAGGACCAGCUCGACACUCUGGAGAGGGAGACGACGGACAAACUGGCCCAGAUGGAGCAGUACAACAAAGAGCUUAAGCUUGGGGAUAUGGAUGACUGUGUCCUGCGGGGCCUUCUGUCUCUGCUGGCCUGCCUCAGCCAGCUCUUCCUUCUCAUCAAGGAGCUGAGGGAGAAGCAGGUGAGGCAGCAGGCCGUCCUGGACGACCUGUACCGAGUCAAAGACGAGAAGCUGAGGGAGCUGCAGCGACGCAGGGAGGAAGAGAGAGAAAGGAGGAGAAGGGAGGAAGAGGAGGCAGCCAGACAGGCAAAGCUAGAGCAGGAGAGGAGAGAGCAGGAGCGAAGGGAACAGGAGAGGAGGGAGAAGGAAGAGGAGGAGGCCCGGCAGAGGAGGCUCCUGGAGGAGCAGAGGGCCCGACAGAGGGAGGAGGAGGAGAGGGAGGCGCAGGCUUGUCUCCGGGCAGCCCAGGAGAAAGCGCGGGAGGAGGAGAGGAGGAGGAGAGAGGAGGAAGAGGAGAGGAGAAAAAAGGAGAGGAGGAGGAGGAAGAGCGGAAACGAAAGGAGGAGGAGGAGGAGGAGAAGGAGAGAGGAGAGAGAGGAGGAGGAGGAGGAAAGAGGACGGCAGCAGGCGGCUCAGCAACAGUUCAUGCCGACCAUGUACAGAGCCCUGUACUCCUUUGUUGCCCGCAACGCAGACGAGCUGAGUAUAGACGCAGACUGUCUCAUAGAGGUGGAUGAGCAGACUGUCGGCGAGCCUGGCUGGUUGUGCGGGAGUUACCGUGGAAACAGGGGCUGGUUCCCCCAGAGUUACGCAGAGAAAUGUCCCACACCCUCCGCCGCUGAGACCGUCCCUUCUUCACCUGGAAAAACGUCCUGUCCGCCGCCACCGCUUAUCAUAGGAAUCCCAGAUGGGGAGGCAACAGGCGACAAUACAGCUCCUGCCCAAUCAGACACUUCACAGUUGUCAGUCCCUCUGCUGGCUCGUGCCGUCUCCUCGUGGUCAGCCACCUCAGAAACUCACCUCAGUCUCUCCUCCGGCGACGCCAUCACUGCGCUGCUGAGCUUCUCGCAGGGCGACGUCAUCAGCGUGCUGCAGCAGAGGGAUGAGUGGUGGUUGGGACAGCUCAACGGGACGCAGGGGUGGUUCCCAAAAAGCUAUGUCACUUUGGAGACGGGUGGCAAUGCAGAUGUGGAUGCAUUUGAUACAUCUGACUCUGUUCAGCUAGAGGAGUACGUAGCCUUGUAUACAUAUGAGAGCCCAGAGGCGGGGGACCUGACAUUUGUUGAGGGGGAUGUUGUCAUGGUGACGGAGCGGGAAGGAGAGUGGUGGCGAGGAUGCAUUGGGGACCAUUUAGGGGUGUUCCCCUCCAACUAUGUCCGACCUGUUGAGCCAGAGGUGUCAAGACCGGGAGCUCCAGCCAAGAAACCUGAGAUCGCCCAGGCACUCACCGCCACAGUCGCCCCGACGAUGCACCAGCUUCAUCUGUCUCCAGGGCAACUGAUCGUGGUCCUGGCCAAGAACUCCACCGGCUGGUGGCUCGGGGAACUGCAGGCUCGGGGUAAGAAGCGGCAGAGAGGCUGGUUUCAUUCCUCUCACGUCAAGCUCCUGGGUCCCUCCAGCAGCAAGUCCUCUCCCUCUCCGCUGCCAGUGUGCCAAGUUAUCGCAAUGUAUGACUACACUGCUGCCAAUCGAGAUGAGCUGAGCUUCUCCAAGGGUCAGCUGAUCAACAUCCUGGACAAGACAAACCCUGACUGGUGGAAGGGAGAAGUCAACGGGGUCACGGGCCUGCUGCCAACCAAUUAUGUCAAGAUGACAACAGAAUCAGACCCCAGUCAGCAAUGGUGUGCCGACCUGAUGACGUUGGACACGAUGACCCCUCAGGAGAGGAAGAGACAGGGUUAUAUCCAUGAGCUAAUCCAGACUGAGGAGACUUACGUGGACGACCUGGAGCUGGUACUAGAGGUUUUCUACAAGCCUAUGUCUGAGUCAGGCCGUCUAACGGAAGCUGAGAUGGCGGUGAUCUUCGUUAACUGGAGGGAGCUGAUUAUGUGUAACACCAAACUGCUCAAGGCCCUGCGUGUCCGGAAAAAGACAGGAGGAGAGAACAUGCCGGUUCAGCUCAUAGGAGACCUGCUGGCGUCGGAGCUGGCGCACAUGCAGCCAUACAUCCGCUUCUGCUCCUGCCAGCUCAACGCCGCCGCCCUGCUGCAGAGCAAGACCCACAACCAGCCCGACUUUAAAGACUUCCUGAAGAAGAUCGCCACUAACUACCGCUGUAAAGGAAUGCCACUGUCCAGCUUCCUCCUCAAGCCCAUGCAGAGGAUCACACGCUACCCCCUGCUUAUCAAGAAUAUCCUGGAGCACACCCCCGACGGCCACGCGGACCGCGGGCCCCUGAGAGAGGCCCUGGAGCGAGCUGAGGAGCUGUGCUCUCAGGUCAAUGAGGGGGUGAGAGAGAAGGAGAACUCAGACAGGCUGGAGUGGAUACAGGGCCACGUCCAGUGUGAGGGACCUAUAGAGCACUUGGUCUUCAACUCGCUGACUAACUGCCUCGGGCCCCGCAAGCUGCUCCACAGCGGUCGGCUGUACAAAACCAAAAGCAGCAGGGAGCUGUGGGCUUUCCUCUUCAAUGAUUUCCUCCUUCUGACACACAGCGCCAAACCCUUCUCCUCCUCAGGACCAGACAAGCUAUUCAGCCCCAAGACCAACAUACAGCUGAAGAUGUACAAAACACCACUAUUUCUGAAUGAGGUUUUGGUGAAAAUGCCUCCAGACCCGUCCAGUGAUGAGCCACUCUUCCACGUCUCACACAUUGAUCGCGUCUACACACUGAAAACUGAGACGUUGAACGAGAGGACAACAUGGGUCCAGAAGAUCAAAGCAGCAUCUGAACAUUUCAUAGAGACUGAGAAGAAGAAGAGAGAGAAGGCUUACCAAGCACGCUCCCUGAAAACCAGCGGCAUCGGCCGACUGCUGGUGACAGUCACCGAAGCUCAGGAGCUCAAGGCCUGCAAGCCCAACGGUAAGAGCAAUCCGUACUGCGAGCUGACGAUGGGGGCUCAGUGCUACACCUCCCGGCCCGUCAGCGACACCCUGAACCCCAAGUGGAACUUCAACUGCCAGUUCUUUAUCAAAGACCUAUACCAGGACGUCCUGUGUAUCACUGUGUUCGAGAAAGACCAGUUCUCACCAGAUGAUUUCCUGGGUCGGACUGAAGUUCCCGUGGCAACUAUCAAGAAAGAGAUGGAGAGCAAAGGUGCCGCAAACCGACGCCUACUGUUACACGAAGUCCCCACUGGAGAAGUCUGGGUCAAACUGGACCUGCAGCUUUAUGAGCCGAGCAAAUGAGGACGGCACAGAGCCAAACACUCGCUCAGGCACAGAUACUUAUUUUGUAGUCAUGAAGAGAAGACAUUCUGCAUAAGCAGAAACAGUUUAACAGCCUAAAAGUGCCUGUUUGUGGCAGUGCAAGCGCUGCAAUGAAAACUUCUCGAUUUUACCGUCACUGCCUUGUUCUGCCCUGAGCCAUUCAGACGCCAUUUAAGUGACCUCAUACAGAGAGGGAAGGAGACCUUGCCAAAAAUGUAGAGCGACAAACUGGUGAAAUAUCCUCAGAGGUGGUAAUUUAGUGGAAGAAUUCUUGCUACAAACAAAUCAGCAAAUAAUUGCCAAUACUUUAACAUUCACUACUUAGACAGACAUGCCUUUAAAAGUAAGCAGGUAGUUUUUCUCAAUGGUUAUGAAAUGUAACAUUUUUGUAUCAUAUGCACAAAUUUGUAUACAAUACUGUUUCACUUUCAAAGGGGGGAAUACAGCCCGUCCAACAUGUGUUCACACACCCUGUUAGAUAUUCCCCCUGCCACACAUAUACUUGUUUUGCUAUACAUUUCUAUUCUGCACACACUACUGUACAAUGUAAUGUCAAAGGUUACCCUUAUGGUGUAACCAAGUAUGCCAUUAAAUCCUGAAAAUGACACAAAUAAAAUGUAUGUAGAGUAAACAUUCUUU